CGCUCGGUCGGUCUCGCUUCGGCGCGUUUGCUUGUAGCGCGCUCCAGGACAAUGGUACGGCAAGUUCCGAAAACGAGAACUGUCAAUAUACACACAGUGGGGGCUGCAGCGGAGGAAGCAAAAGAAUAAGAAGAAGCAAAAGAAGGCAACGGAGGAGAACGAUUCUGGCGAAAUUUUCACGGCAUUAUUGUGUCCAGAGUGCUGGAGUUAUUGUUGUCCCCGCCGCUACCAUUUGGCCGCAGUUUUGGCAGGAGGGGAACCUCCCACACCCGCAGAAAAACCCCGUGAAAAACCCGUGUCCCACGAUUCGGGCGUGUGAAUAAUCGCUGCAAUCACAUCCAUCCCCGUGUCCAAACAGCACCAAACAGCACCCAAAACGGGGUGACAUCUUUACUUUUUUCGCGGCGGAAACAAAGCCCCAGCGAAGUCCGCGACCAACCAACAAACCCGCUCAAACCGAACCGAAAAUCUUCAAUCAAAGCGCUCAAAAAGUGUACAAUUUGUAUCCCUUUUGGCCCUCUGUGCUUGGUUGUUUUCUCCUGUGUGUUUGUGUGUGUGUGUGUGCAGUGUUAUGAAUGGUGGUGCGGCUGGCCCGGUGGUCCGCGUUGUAAUAUGAGCUCGGAGGGUACAGUGUGUUGGCGUACCAGUGUCUACUAGAGGACUUUUGUUUGUUCGGUGUGGCCCGAGAAGGGCCCGAGAAGCGACAAGGAGAAGAGACAGCGCACGCAAAAUGCACGACCGAAGGGCGGCCAUGUGCUACGGGCUGGUGUACAUACUGUGCACCCAGGUGCUGUCCACCAACUCACGCACCUCCACCCUGUGGAAGCUAAACACGGAGGAGGGCAAGAUUGUGAGCGGGACCGGCGGUAGCAACUGCAAACUACAGAGUUCCGGUGCGGGCGAAAGCAAGAUGACCGCAGCUGGCGAGAGCGGUUCCGCCACCACCACCACCACCGGCAGCAGCAGCAGCAGCAACAAUAACAACGGGGAUGAAUCCUUAGUGGACCCGUACCAUCCGGAGGAGGACGAGGAUUCGACGUUUCAAAUCAUCACCAUCACCGCGGCCAACUAUCGAGACAACACGUGGAGGCGGCACGCGCGCGGAAAAUUGAUUGUGAACCUCCCGAAAGCGACGCCGGAUAGUGAGGGGGCGGCGGCAAACCACAAGGCAACCGCGAACCACCCGACCACCAGCCCGGAAACGGCGGACGUGCUGGACUGUGGCAAACCGGUCAACUUUACCUACUACGACGAUCUGAUCGGCGUGGCCCAGCGGUACAGCCAUCCGGUCGUGCCCGAGCCGGAGGUCGCCUUCCUCUUUCUCAAGAAGAAGGGCCCGAAGUCGCUGAAAAACUUCGACAUCGAUGCGCUCGAGCGGCGGCUCCGCAAGGCGAAGGCGGAGAAGCCCCGGUCGGUGCAGCUGUACAACCAGAUCGGCAACUUUUGGCGAAUAAAGGGCGACGCCCGGCACUCGAUCGAGUGCUUUCGCAGCGCGCUCGCGAUGGCACCGACCAACGCGGAGGUGCUGCUCAACCUGGCCCGGGUGCUGUUCAACCUGCAGUACCUGGACGAUGCGAUACAUCUUACCAGACGCUCGCUGGAGGUGCAGCCGAGGGAUCGCAGCGCCUGGCGGCAGUACUUUACGCUCGGCGAAAUUUUCAAAGCGUACGGCCACUUCCAGGAGUCGGUGAACCAUCUGCGCCAGGCGCUGGAACUCUACCCGCAGUACGAACCGAUCAAGAAGGCGAUCGCCGACGUGGAGAACAUUUCCGCCUCCUCGCUACACAUCUUUACCGUCAUCAUCAUCAUUUUCCUGGUGAUGUGCGUGCUGUAUGUGAUCCUUUCGUCGAACGAAAGCAGCCAGAACAACCACGAGCUGGAGCAGAAGGCGGCCCGCCACUUUAACCGUGCGAUGGCGAUGCGCUCGCUGAAGGGCUUCACGCAGCGUUCGUUUAAAAAUAGAAAGUAAAGCUCCCCCUGCUCGAGACGCAAGAUCCUAGCACCACCUUCCUGCGGUAACGGAAGGGUGCUGUUCCGCGCGAUGUAACGCGGGGCAGAAGAAGAUGAUAGGUCGCUAGCAAACGCGAGAAGCUAGAUGGAGAAAGCUAAUCUCUCUGUAGCGCGAUGAGCCGCACAGAUCUAUAUACAUGUAUAUGUAGGGGUUUGUGAGUGUGUGUGUGUGUGUGCGCGCGUGUUGUGUGUGGGUGUGUUUGCGAGUGCGUAGAUCGCUCUUGGUGGAAAUGCGGACAGUCUUGCGGCUAGGAUGUUACGCAUCAAAACAGUGGUGGCGUGUGCUGCAGCAGGAUGGUAGGAGAUUUAUAGUUUGUAAGCAAAAAUUGAGAUUCGUGAAAAUCUUCCAAUAUGCCACACCGAAUACGCCCGCUCACACACACACACGCGCACAGACACACACACACACGUCCACACACUGUACCGCGUGCAAAGUAGAGGGCAGGAAAAGGGCAGGCAAACAGUGUGACCGCGAGAGAAGGAGCAAUUCCAAUUGGAAUCCAAACUUUCUAUCGAGAUCGUAUAGUAAUCGUGCGCGAAGGCAGCAGGAAAAGGAAGCGUAGCAAAGAACAAAAAAGAAACACACACACUCACACAGAAAUUGCUAAUCUAAUUACUAUUACACUAACUAUUGCAACACCUACUAUUGUAAAACGGCUGGUGAGGUGAGGCUGCGGCUGAGAUAGGCGCAAUAGGCGCCCCAGAAUAGAGUUGGUUGGUGUCUGUGUGUGUGUGUUACACAAUCGCCGCCCAGUCUCCAUCCCAUCUUACUAAUCCCCGCUCGCCACCCGAAAAAGGAGAACGGCCUGUGUGCCGCCUUGGAAAGGAAUGCGCGCGCUCGUUUGCAUGAUCGUUCGAAUUAAGAAGCUUCACUUCUGCGUUGCGGGUAGAGUUUGUGUUGAGAUUAGUGCAUGUGAUCAUCAUUAUUUUUCGGGUUAAUUUUUUUUAUCCUAUUAUUUUUACGUAUACGCAAGCGUUAACGUUUCUGCUGGCGGACAGACUGCACUGUCCUCCAAUAUCGUUCACACACACUCACACAAACACACACACACACACACACACACACACACACACACACACACACACACACACACACACACACACACACACAGGCCAAGCCCCCCGGAUUCGGUAUUAAGCGUUGACGGAUACACUUCGCCAGUACAAGUACAACCGAGCAGGAGAGAUUCGCUGAAGAAGAAAAAGAGAAUGAAAUUCCGUACUUUUUUUUUAAAGAAAAAAAAAACCCAAAAUAAUUAUGUGUUUAUGUUGCGUUUAUUAUUUUCAUUAUUUGUUUGUGUUAAAGAAAGCUUUCGGAGCGUAGGAAGCGGGCCAGCAAGGAAUCGGUUGAUGGAAUGAGGAUGCGUAGUGAGGAAUUCCCUUUUUCUUUUCCGUUGAAGAAUAGAAUUGUGAUACAACAUGCUUUUUUAUUAUUUACGAAUGCAUUUAUUGUGCUAUUUAGGAAGCGCCACCAUUAUUUAAACGUGGCUCAAACGUGGCUUUUAGCGAUUAAGUGCGCAUUAGCGGGGUAAGGACGCGCGGAUGCUUACCGACAUUCGUUUUGUUUUCGGUUGCAUUGAAUUGGUUGGAAUGCCACCGCAAGUGCUUUCCGUGUGCGCUUUCACCUGUCACGUUCGUUCUCGCCGCUGGACGCCGCCAACGUGGCACGCGACAGUCCCAUCAGCUAUGAGGUGCAGGUUGCAACUGCAAAUGCCACGAAAGCAUAUAAAGCACAACAUAAUCUGUACUUAGGCCAGGCUGGAAAUGGGAAAGGCACCGAAAGCUAUCGUUUUCUCUCAGCUCUGUGUGCGUGUGUGUGUGUGUACGUGAUGGUCGUGUGUCCGAUUAACGGGCAACGCAGAUAUGGUUGUUCUCAAUGUUCGCGUCAGUUUGUCGUGGAAAUUUUGGUUUUAUUUUUCUUUCCUUUUUUUUGCUUCCGAUAUGCGAUAAAAUAUCCUACACAGACGGCACACGUUCAGCCCGCACCGACCCCAUAUAGAGUCCCCAUAAAAAAAAAUGGAAAAUCGGCGCGGAAAAGAAAAGGGUUGAUCUUCAGGCGGGGCAUAUUUCUCCGAUUUUCGUUCAACCCAAUUACUACAGCCACAGCAAACAUUGGAAUAGUUUAGUGUUAAAUAUAUACUAUCAACAAGCAGCAGCAUCUGCGGACUAUUAAAAAAAAAAACCCCUCGAACGGCUCUUCUGAU